AGAAGCAGCCCGUACUAUGAGGAGCAGGCCAGGCUGAGCAAGCAGCACCUGGAGAAGUACCCUGACUACAAGUACAAACCCCGACCCAAACGGACCUGUCUGGUGGACGGGAAGAAGCUGAGGAUUGGAGAGUACAAGGCCAUUAUGAGGAACCGCCGGCAGGAGAUGAGACAGUACUUCACUGUGGGACAACAGGCCCAGCUGCCUUGUCCUCGGCGGGCGUUGUGUACCCAGGUGCCAUUUCCUUGGCAGGCUUGCCCUCCCCCCAGAUGCCCUCGGAGCACUCCUCACUGUCCAGCAGCCCCGAGCACGCCGCCCCACCCCUCCAGACCCCCCUACCACCCCAGCCUCAAGGGAGACGAGACCCGAGUCAAACAGGAGGAGCUGCGAUUGGACGACAGCAAUGGUGAUGCGUACGACGACUUUGAUUAUGAGGACGAGGAGGGAGAUUAUGGAAGCGAUAACGACAACCACCAAUAAUCGGGACGCAGAGCCAAUCAGAAUCAGUUACCCAGCUUCUUGCUGGAAACAACCCUGUCCAUCCACCAAUCCUGAGAGACUAUCCGUCCCUUAUAUCCAAUCACAUCCAAUGUCACAAACCUCGCCCUCCUUUACCCCUUAACCAACAAGAACUCUGGAACCUCAGAGCCAAGCCCCUCCCAUUGGAAUCCCGAUACCAGCAACCGACCAAUCAAAUCAAGCACAGGACCUGUCACUCACACUGACUGUUACACAGACUGGAGUCUAGGAGGAGACGAACUGAUUGCCGUGACUUCUGCUGAGUACUACACAGUACUACAGCGUACUAACAAAGUACUACAAGGUAUACUAGAGUAUUACUGCUGUGUACGCCAUAGAGGCAAGAUGAGAUAUACAUUAUGUCAUGAGUAAGCUACUAUAUGAGGAGAAAACACCGAAAAAAACAACCUUUUAGACCAGUUUGACUUCAAAGAGACGUUUUUUUAAAACAGCAGGCCUGUCAGUUGAUUAAAGAGACACUUUAAAAUGGCCGACCUGUUUGUUUAUAAAAGAGACACUUUUAAAACAGCUUUUUUUUUCUUGGUUCUAUGAUGUUCUCACUCAGGUACACGGUGCCAACAAGUGGCUUGUGAAUGUGAUUUGUUGUUUUUGUGCUACAGUUUUAAUAAUAGAUACAAAAUAGAAAUGUUUCCCUUUUCAUUGUAAAGCACCUGACAGAAGUCAAAGCAAAACUUUUAUUUAGAAUUCUUCUUCUUUCUUCAACUCAGUGUACUGUCAGCAGAUAUCCUCCCUCUGUGUGUGUGUGUGUGACUCCCCUUAUGAGAGUAAAAAUGGGACAGUCCAGUCAGGGCCACAGUGUUGGACAGUGAGGACCGGCUCACUUCAGGGGACUGUGGGGGGGACCUUAGUCUCUCAUCAUGGGCCAGCUUGGACAGUACAGUGUGAUGAGACAAUCUCCCACCAAUCCUCUUCUCUCCUUUUACACUCUCGUUCUUUUACCUUUUCUUUGGCUUUCUUUUAUUCUGAUCAUGAGGACUUUGGAAGGUACAAAGAAAGGUUUCUUUUAGAUAUGAAACACCCCCUUGUAUGUGUGUGAGAGUGUGUGUGAGCAAGCUCGCUGUGCGUGUGUGUGUGUGUUUAGUCUGUGUGAGCUGGUUUAGUCAUCACUAGGCACUAGAUCCCAGAACUCUGUCCCUUUCCAAGACAAACAGAAACACUGGAGUUUCCCCUGUGAGCCCCCAGAACUUCAGUAUCCUGGUAUACAGAGACAGAGAAAGCCCUAUGGCUCUCUUGUACACUCACACACACACACAUACCCAAGCCCCAGUUCCCCAAUCGAAACCCCGCAACAACUCUACUCCGCUGCCAACUGAUCCAGCCAGCACCACAAGCGAACAGCUCUUACCCACAACCCAAACCCUCUCAUAAUACUCCCAACUGAUAUCACACAAAAUUGGUGUGUAUUUUGUUCUAGAAGUUUGGUGGGUUCCUGUGGGCUCCUACUGGUAGUUUAGUUUGACUAAAGCACAGGAGUCUCUGCUGUCUGUCCCCAUUCUGUCCCUCUCUCUGAGAGUCCCCCUCUAUGUCCCCCUGUGUCUGACUCUGUCCCCGUCCGUGUCCCCACGUCAUUCUGCUGUUCUUAUUGGGAGGAGCUGAUCGUUAUAUCAGUGUUUCCUUUGUAUUUCAAUACUGUAUUUUAUUAUUUUUAUUCAAACUGCCUCUAGUGUAAUAAUAUUAUUAACAAUAAUUAUAAUGAUGGUCAGCGUUUCUUUCAAUUUGAGUAUGUUAUGUACAGUAUAAUUUAUUUUGGCCUCUUAUUGGGUUUAUUAUGACCAAUAUGAAACUUCUUCGGUCAAUGAAGCAUUAUUAUAUUUAGCUGGUUUAGAGUAUUUACAUCUAAUGUUGUCCUUUUAUUUGAUACUUUAUUUGUGAUUUUGCAUUUUUUAGUUCCUGUUUUUAUCUGUUCUGUUUGUUAAGUAUUAAUCCUAUAUGGACGCUGGGUGAGGAAGAGGAGCGACACGGACGACAGCCAACGGACGGCUGUCGCUCUUCGUGAAGGAGACUGGACUUUCUAUUCACUAACUCUCUCCCCAUCCGCGUCCCUCAGCUUGACAACGUAACCCUUUUAUGUCCAAACCCACUUCUAAAAGCACUCAGACACUCUGUGUGGUCAGAGAAAAGAAGGUGAUUUUUUGGUUUCUUCGUAAUGGUUCAUGUAUAAUGUGAAGUUUCUUGGACUUUCUUUCUUUUUAUGAAGAUAAAAGAAAACGGUUAUAUUAUUCUAUUCUGUUUCCUCUGAACAAAGGAGCGAGACUCCCGUUUACUAGGGUUGCUAUUUACACUGAGAUGCCGUGGAACAUCGUUGAGGCUGGCGGACACAGAGACACUCAGACACAGCAGACUCACACAAAUUAUUAGCAGACACAGUUGUGCAAAUGUAAUUUAAAAAAAAAUCUGAUCAGGACAUGAUCAGAACACACACACACACACACACACACAUUUGGACCCAUAGGAAAAUCAGUGUUUACUUUGCCUAUUCAACAAUGUUCUACAGCAUAACCUGACAUUCAGUAAGUAAUGACCUGUCAUAUCUAUGUGACUCCAGAACUCUGGGGACUUUACUUUGUUUUAGCUCCACACUAUGGCCUAGCCAUUAGCCAUGUCCACUCACUCUACAGGUGUGCUGCCAGAUAGUGACCCAGCCCAGUCAUGCUUGCUGUAGAUGUUUACUCUGACACAAUCAAUCACAACCAUGCCUAUUGCCAGAUAGUGAGCCUCACAGUCAAUCAUACGUGGCAAUACAGACAACCUCACAAUCAGGCCACGGUGAGACCUAACGCUGGAGAAAGGGUGUCCUGUAUUCUGGCUGGAAGCUGUAGGUUAGACAGUGUGGGGAAAAGGAGGGGUUUACAAGUUCAAUCAUCCCAGCUUGCUAGGUCUGCCACAUACUGAGGUAUUAUACUGUACUAAGGGCCAGGAGUUUUGUGACCUGACCAUGUGACCUGACCAGGACAAACAUUGAGCUCUAGUUAUACUAAUGAAUAGAGUCCAACGUUUUUCAUGAGCAGGGUGACAGGAUGUUAGGCCCUGGUGAUGUUGGGUGAUACAGCGACGAUGGUGACCAUGAUCGCGAUGAAGAUGAUGAUAAUAAUAAUGAAGACAAUCAAAUGUCACGAGUGGAGCUCAAAACAAAGUCAGAGUUAGUCAAAAAAAGAAACAAGUAUCUGACCAUCUCAACUUGACAAAUGGAGAAAGAUAAUUAUGUACAUAUAACAUAGAGUUAUAGAUUUAUAUUUUGUUCAUAACACAGUGUAAUAUAAGUUGUAUAUUUCUUUUUCUCUUUUAUUGAUGUUAUUCAUGCUACAAUAAAGCAGGAGUUGAUGUACUCUUACAACAAAAAAAGAGAGGCCGUGGGCUUGCCAUGCACCGUCUGUUCUGAGUUCACUUUUUUCAGUAUUAUUGCCAGUCGAGGCUUUAAUAAAAACAGCGAUGUGUUCUGUAAUGC